AUGCCGCUCCACACUGAACAUUCGACCUCAACUACGAUUACACAGCGCGAAACCUAUCCCAGUGAUAUAGAGCUCACAGAGAAGCUUGACGUCGAGGAGAUUUCCCCAAUACCGACCAUCGAUGACGAGACUGGCUGUGCCACUCAGACCGAACGGCCAUCCCAGCUCAGCGAAACAUUCCUGGACGAGAUAUCACUCUCUACUACUGCAAAAAUAUCCAUUUCUCAAAAAGCCUUAUCUCCUCGACGAAACCGAGACUCCCACGAACUCAUCCUUUCGCCCAGGCGAAUUACUCACGCAUCUCUCGUCGAUCAUAUGCUUCUCUCUUUCGAUCACUUCAAGUCCAACCCUUUACCCUCCGCUCACAAUAAUCACAACUCUCGUAGAACACUAACUGAAGACGAGGAAAGACUCUACUCGGUAUUCGCCGAUAAAGACGCAUACAAUUCGUCUGAAAAUUUUGGAACAUGGAGCAGUCGAAGAGCCUGGUAUCAGCCAAAUUAUAGCACCGAUGUUGAAGAAAUACAAGAAACAAGUAAUGGAGGGCGUCUAAAUCGUCCACGGCGCAGCAUAAGUAGCUCCAAUGUAAGAUCUGUGGCUGGUAUGAUUAUUGGGCAGAAUUCAAACAUCAGUCACUCGGCACGGAACCAGGCUCCCAUGUCGUCUUUCUCAAGUUCACAUACGUAUACGCACACUAGAACAACAAGCAGAGCGAGUAGUGUUGAUCUAACAAGUAAUAUAAAAACAUCAGAAAAGCCAGGCAUGGCCCGUGGCUUUAUCGGGCGGGCCUCGAGUUUUGAUUACAGCAGCGACUAUCGUACUUUUCAACAUCGCCCUAAGAACUGGAACACACCUCAUGAACCAUUAUCUAUGCAAUCAGUCUUUAAUACUAGUCCGCGUAAGCAACGAAUGGCGUUAGCCACUGAUAUAUCCAGUCCUGAGCGACGUAGUACAAACAAGUUAGUGCGAAAAAAAAGCCUACGAUCGACUAAAGUUACAUCAAAAGGUGGUGUGAUAAAUUCAUGGAACGGACAACUUGGAGCGCUACCCAUUUCACGAGGAGAUCAUGCUAAGGAGCAAAUCUAUCCAGCUCGACCGCCUUUACCAACCAAUACUAACGAAUUACAACUAAUAAAUGGCUACAAUAAGAACGAAUCGUCUAGCUCUGUUGUGACAUCUAAACCCUUACCAACAGAAAAUUCGACCGUGACCCAGACAAAAGAGCGACCAGGAUUCUUCCGAAGAGUAUUUGGUACAUCUCGUAAUACUUCGGCAAAUAAUGAGAUCCAUCGUCAAAAGUCUCCUGUAUUACAAACUCAUCCAAGUGAGCCCUGGCUGCCGCACGGGUCCUCCUCAUCAGUUGACACGAUCAAUGAUCGCUCUGAUCUACAACCCCCAUUCCUUCAUAGCCACCUCAAAUCUAUUCCCGCUCGAGAAACCUCCGUCUCACCUCCUUUGCCACUUCCGACAUCUUUAACAACCUCGCCACAGCUAGUGUCGUCAGAAUCCAUGGCCGUUUUGAACAAAAAAUCUUCAAUAUUUUUUCGGCGUCGAAAAAAGCCCAUCAUACGAUCCGCAUCGACAGUACCUGUACCCCCAGUUCCUGUAAUGCAAUACGAAUUGCCUGCUAAGGGUCCCUCUGUUGAUAAGAUGCUGCCUAAUCCUCCAUCUAGUCUUCAGACUGUACUACAUCCUAAUCUUCGCACACAUCACAGUCCAAUUGAUAUUUUUAACACGCAUGAGUUCGAUGAUCAGUGGAAGGAUGUAACUAUCGCUACAACAGAUACAACAAAUAAACCAGAAACAGACUCUUAUCCUUUGAAAUCAAGCAGAAUUACUAGGACAAUCGACAAAGAUGCAAUCAAUAUUACAAAUCCUUCGUAUAACUCAGCAAGCCACAUGCAGUUGAUAUCCAAUGAAUAUGGAAACUCGAGCGAGCGACGUAAUGAAGAACGUGACACCACAUUUCUUCAUGACAAUAGCGACACGGAACGAGACAUUUUCAUCGCGCGAUCUACCUUCGUGAAUCCUCUUAUGGCACAUCCUCUCGAAGACUGGAGCAAUAAUUCAAUUCCGGUUCAGGUACCUAAUCCUUUACUCUCAUUGUCCACUAUUAAGAACACACAAGAAGGUGAAAGCGACGAAUACUUGUGGAGCCGCUCAUCACCGUUGAUUCCACGUCAGCAGAUGCCUGAAACUGCCUCAUUCAUACGUCGAACACACAUCGCAAGACAGCAAAGUGAAGACUGGGUUAAAAUUACCCAAAAUAAAGAUGCAAAAACAGAGGAAAAGGAAGACCGUGUAUGGCUUGAACCAUCUUCUGAUGAAGAGGAGCAUGCAGCAUGUAAUUGGGGUGCGCCUGAAGCAAUGGCUAUAGGAUGGCGACUUGAGAGUUCAGAGUCCAACAGCAGUACAGAUGGAUCUCUAGCAAGUCUACCUGUAGCACGAGCUGUAGAAAAUGUUCUGCGGAAAAAAUCUACUGUGAAUCAAGCUAGAGUAGUGACCUCUGUUGCCCCUCGAGUUAUCUCAUUGCCUACCGAUUUGGCUAUUGCCACUGGUCCUCGAGAACUCGAAAGUGCGAGACGUAUUUAUGAUGGAACAGAAGAUCUAGUCUCAAAAGAAAGAGCAGCAGCUUGGUUAGCCGAAGAGCAACCACCUCGUCCACAAGUUUUAACAGCUUACAUGCAGUUCUAUAAUUUUACUAACCUUGAUAUUUUAUCUGCACUUCGUCUACUUUGCGGUCGCUUAGUCCUUAAAGGCGAAAGCCAGCAAGUGGACCGCAUUCUUGUCGCAUUCGCUUGGAGAUGGUGCAAGUGUAACCCGAACCAUGGUUUCAAAUCAGCUGAUGUCGUUCACACCAUCUCAUAUUCACUUCUUCUUCUAAAUACAGAUCUCCAUCUAGCGGAUAUCGAGCAAAAGAUGACACGAAGUCAGUUUCUCAAGAAUGCUCUGCCCACUCUACGAAAAAUUGCAGAGGACACUUUCCAGGAGACGGAUGAAGUUAUGCAGUCCACUAAAAUAUUGAGUAAGAGCACAAUCGUUGACCAGGACCCUCUACCACUCGAUAUCCGAGCAGAGACUAAAGCUUCAUCAGAGGUGGAAAAAUCUUCCGUGGCGGCCAACUUUAAACACCAGAACUCACGAGGCGACUCGGACGCCGUUGGCGAAAUAGAAAUUCCCACAGAAGAUAUAGGCCCUUUAAUUAAGGCACCUUGUCGUGGUCUUUUAAGGAAUUGGGAAGGCCAGGUUGAGAUAGUUUUGAAGAAUUUCUACACUUCAAUUCGUAAUGAACGUCUUCCCCUCUAUGGUGCACUCUCCGAGAAGUCAGCUACAGCUGGCGUCUCCAGUAAUCUUUCUAUAUUUGCUAACGGAGUAUUGCGAAGAACUCCAAGUGUUCUAAGCCAUGCGCCUUCAGAAACACAAAGUUAUCGUUCUCGAGCCGCAGAUACUUUAAGAGCUGGAAAUAGUAAGUGGGCCAACAAAAAUCGUUCACGACCUCGCUUAAAUCUUGCUGGUCCUGGUCUUGGCUCAAGUCGGACAAGCUUGGACGACCAAUCCUCGAUGUGGAGUCCGUCUGUAUCAAGUACGUGGAGCAAAUAUUCGCUCGGGAAAACCCAAACAUCCCUGUCGGUUGAUUCCCUUGGAUCUUCAUGGCCCGCUGCCGAUUAUCAACAAUCCAUAGGUUUUGCCAAUGCGCUGAGUCAGGCUAUAAUACGCGAAGAAGCUGUAGGUGCCACUGAAAAUUUAAAAGACCAUGAAAAUUUGCGGGAGAUGCCUCUACUUGAAGAUGAAUCUCUUGGUCUUUACGGUGCUCCAUGGGCAAAAGAAGGAAUUGUAAAACAUAAGCAUCACCUUGAAUCCUUGGACAAAAAAGCACGAGAAAGGAAUUGGAAUGAAGUUUUCGCAGUUGUUGAAAAGGGUUACCUCAGCAUGUUUUCUUUUUCAACAAAGUCAAUGCGCCACAAGACUAAAGGAAAAUCGACUUCCAGGGUUGUGGGUGGCGGUAACUGGCAAGAGAAUGCUCAGAGCGUCGGAUCAUUUUUACUUCAACAAACUAUUGCUAGCGCACUUCCAUCGCCUGGGUAUUCUAAGGCCCGACCGCACGUAUGGGCUCUAUCUCUACCAACAGGAGCGGUACAUCUUUUUCAAGUAGGAACCCCUGAUAUCCUCAGAGAGUUUGUUUCAACUGCCAAUUAUUGGAGUGCUCGGUUGUCAAAUCAUCCUCUUGUCGGAGGAAUAAGUAAUAUUGAGUAUGGAUGGUCUGAUGGAAUCAUACAACAAGUUCAAGCUGUAACAGGCAAUAGUACGCCUGAAACUAUUGCUCACCUAAACCGACCGCCUACGACCACAAAUCAGAAUAAUACUACAAACACCAGCUCCGGGCAUCGACCAUCGUUAAGUGGGAGAUCAAGCUUUCAAGGAUCCAUGAGAACUAGUUUGGAUCAAGGCACUUCGACUGUAAAUGGGCGUAACCGCCACGUGGGAGACAAGAUAUCUAUUACUGAUUGGAUUCCUCCAACCCAAAACAUGCGUGCUAGCAGUUUGAUGGAGCAAGAUCAGCUUCGUACCUUGAUAAAUUACGUAACUGGUAUUGAAGAAGAGCUUCAGAAGCAUAAUAAACUGCGUUCCCCUAUGCAGAUGGCAUUUUCUCCUCGACAUCCAAACGCCCAAAAAGCCAUGGCUAAUUGGGAAAAAAAAUCAGCUUAUCUAUUACGUGAAAUUGUUAAAUUCCGCACAUAUAUUGACUGUCUACAAGCUGCUGAGUCGAGCAAGCAGAGAAUUUACGCUGAACGUGAGGAACGUAAAAGAGAGACCUCAUCAGCGAAUGAAGUAGAAAAAUCCUUUGAUUUUGGAAUAGAAACCAUCGAUAAUGCGAGGAAUGACAAUUGA